AUGCCGCUUGCAGCCAUGUUGGCCACCUUUUCCGAGCGCGGCUGCCAGACUUGCCCCUCUUCGACCGAAAGGACGGAGCUCCGUGAUGGGUCCACGGGGCGGGGCCGUCCCCGUGCCGGAGGGGUGCCGGACCAGGAGCUCCUGGCAGACCCCCGACGACCCUUGAGUGCAGUGCUGAGUUGGGACUGGGAGCGCGUGUGCUUCGCACCUGGCAUAUGCUCUGUCAGCACCUCCGCUGGGCCGACGCCCAGUUCGGAGGACGUUCGACAGGUAGCAGGUUUUCAAUCGCCGGCAUUCGAGGAAAGCCGCUUGGGCGGGGAAUUGGAUGAUGCGAACGCGGCAAACCUCUCUCUGUUCGCUUCCUAUCUGAAAAGUGAACGAGAUUGGAAAAUGGCACUCAACAAACAACGAGACUGCGAAGGCGUCCCGGACGGUGUCGGACCGGUGGUGCAGCGGCGGGAGAGCGCUCCAAUCUCUGGGGCCUCACUGGAAGCCUUGCUGCAAGAAGGACAGCUGACCAGCAGUGUUGUUGCGGAGAUGUCCAAGACCCAAGCGGGGAGUAAACUUUUGCAGAAGAAACUCCUCAAGGCACAUCCCAGCGUGAUCCAGGACAUCCUGGAGGGACUCGAAGCCGAGCUGCCCGAGAUCAUGUGCAACAUGUAUGGCAACUAUUUGUGCUCGGCCGCCUUCCAAUCCUGCUCCGUAGCGCAGCGCUUGAGGAUGCUGGAGAUCUCAUCUCGGAAUUUGCUCAUGAUUGCAAAGGACAGAUGGGGCACUCAUGCGAUGCAGUCUCUGCUGAGCCUUGUUUGCACCAACGACGAGCAGAGGAUUCUACUCCUGGCGUUGAAGGAGCACGCGGUGGAGCUGAGCUUGGACCAGCACGGAAGCCAUGUGGUGCAGCGCGCCAUCAUCAGCCUGGGCACACCUUGCCCCGAUGCCUUGUUGCACGAUCUCACCUUGGCGCUUUGGAAGGUGGCCUACAGCCCACAUGGUCUUUGCGUUUUAAAGCGAUGCAUCUCUCAAACGAGGUCCGGACCGGGCCAACAACAUUUGAUUCAAGAGAUGUCGAAGCAAGCCCUUGACCUGGUGCAAAGUCCCUAUGGGAACUACGUGGUGCAGCACAGCUUACAGGAGUGGGGCGUGGAGAUGUGCAGGCCUAUGAUCCAGGCCUUGAGAGGGAAGCUCCUGCAGCUGAGCUUGCAGAAAUUUUCCUCCAACGUGGUGGAAUAUUUGCUACAGGUUGCGCCACCAGAGGGCACCUUGUGGGUGGAAGUGGUGUCAGAGUUGGCGAAGAGAGAGCAGUCGCACGUGCUCAUGUCGACGGUCUAUGGAAUGCAUGUCGCCCGCGAACUGCUGAAGGUUUUGAAUCAUGCAGACAGGAUGGCUUUGGAGGCCACCUACAAUGCAACAUUGAGAGGCAACAGGAACCAGUGCAUGCAGAAGCGAUGGGAGAGCAUCCUUUCCACGUCCUCCAGCGAAAACCCGGUCGCGACGGUGCCGCGCUGGGCCACGCCGGAGGCGACUCCAGCGGUGCACACCCCUGGCCGACGCCGCCGGGCGCGGCGGGUGGGGAGUUGCCUGGGGUUGGUCGGAGGCUUCUUCCUGGGUCGCCGGUUGGCGGAGGGGAUUUUAAACAUCAAUGACUAUCAAUGACUAUCAUGAGGCGAACUGAAUGACUAUCAUUUUCGGCAUGUAGACUAUCACUAUCAAUGACUCAUGAGGCGGUCCGCUAAUGUGGAAGCAGUGGAGACUCGGUGGAACUGGCUGUUUUUCUUCGGAAACGACCGAAGGCAACUGACAUGAUGCCAUGAUGACGUGCGUUUUUCCCGCACGGCCCGAUGUUGGGAGCCAGUCGGUGCUUGUGGAAGUUUGGAGCAAAGGAACCAGCUACUUGGCACAUCCUUGGGGCAAGAAGGCCGCAAGAGUGACUGGACAGCUGGAGAGAAUGCAUUUUUUUUGGUCUGUGAAAGAACACAAGUUAGUCAUUAGUCGUAAGAAAGAUGGCCAAGCUGCGGCAAUCCACCUUUGUUGAAGCUGACAACGCUGAGAUGGAUCACAUCUUGCAUCUGGGAACUGGGACAGCACGUGGACGAACGGAAAACCUGAGAUGGACUCCGUGGGAAGAAAGCGUGCGAUCAGGGCAGAGGAGAGCGCCCGACUCCAUCAAGGAAGCAGAGGGGAAGUCCCGACAGUUCAGCCCAAGGAUGGUCCGACAAAAAGGAAGGUCGUGGUCGCUGGAGCAAAGGCGAUUGUGUUUUUAAAGACUGCCCUAUAGAAGGAUCAAGAGGGGUAAACUAUAGAAGGAGCAGGGUGGGGGAAGUUCUUACUGUAAACACCAAAGAAAGCAAGACUGGUCCGUCUUCAAAGACUGGACAUGCUGCUUGCUUGAAGAAGCUUUCUGAUGACGCGUUGAAUAACUUUUUUUGUCUCACACGUAUACUAUAUAUGUACAAUUAGAUUCUUGAUCAGUGUCCC